AUGGCCACGACUACUACCCCUUCGGUUCCCACCGCGACCGUCUUUCCUCGCAGCCAUGUCGGCUUCGACAGUAUCACUUCGCAGAUUGAGCGGAAGCUGUUGAAGCGCGGUUUCCAGUUCAAUGUGAUGUGCGUUGGCCAGACCGGUCUUGGAAAGUCGACUCUGAUCAACACCAUUUUCGCUUCCCACCUGAUCGAUUCCAAGGGUCGUCUCACUCCUGAUGAGCCUGUCCGUUCGACCACCGAAAUUCAGGCGGCCUCCCACAUUAUUGAGGAAAACGGGGUCCGUCUCAGGUUGAACAUCGUAGACACUCCUGGCUACGGUGAUCAGGUCAACAAUGACAGAUGUUGGGACCCGAUUGUGAAAUACAUCAAGGAUCAGCAUUCGGCAUAUCUCCGCAAGGAACUCACUGCCCAGCGUGACCGUUAUAUCCAAGAUACCCGUAUCCACUGCUGCUUGUUUUUCAUCCAGCCCUCCGGCCAUGCACUCAAGCCUAUUGACAUUGUUGUUCUGAAGAAGCUGUCGGAUGUCGUCAAUGUUGUUCCCGUGAUCGCCAAGUCCGAUUCGCUCACCCUCGAGGAACGCCAGGUGUUCAAGGAGAGAAUCAAGGAAGAAUUUGCCUUCCAUAACCUGAAGAUGUACCCCUACGAUAAUGACGAGCUUGACGACGAGGAGCGUGCUAUGAAUGUCCAGAUCAAGGACAUCAUUCCUUUUGCUGUUGUCGGUAGCGAGAAGAACAUUGUCGUCAACGGCCAGCAAGUUCGCGGCCGCCAGAACCGUUGGGGCGUGAUUAACGUCGAGGAUGAAAACCACUGCGAAUUCGUUUACCUGCGAAACUUCCUGACCCGCACUCACCUGCAGGACCUCGUCGAGACCACCAGCCAGAUCCACUAUGAGACCUUCCGUGCCAAGCAGCUUCUAGCUCUGAAGGAGAGCAGCGCAGCAGGCGGUCACAGUGCUACUAGUCGGCCUAUCAGUCCCUCCGCUGACCGGGAACUCAGUCGUAACUCGCAACGGGCUACUAUGAACGGCUACUAG